CCUCUCUCUCUCUCUUUCUCGCAAUUGUGAUUGUCGAGGAAUAAAUAUGCUUAAUAAUUGCAUUGCGUCAGUCUCGGACCCUCCUUGUGCUUCGGGGUUCACAGCUUCCUUCCCCGCGUCUCCCACUCUUUAACUUCCAUAUUCUACAAGACAGUCGCAACGCUCUAAACACACGACUCGAGACAUUCUGAACAAAGACUCAUUUGAUUGCUGUCUCCUAUAUUCACACGCAUCUGUCACAGCUCCAAACCGACAAACACACCAUGGCCGACGCCACACCAGCGGCGCCAGUCGUCUUCAAAAAGCGAGCCGGACGAGCCAAUCUCAAAAAGCGCGCCGCCACUCCUCCUUCCGCCUCGGACUCGGAAUACAGCAGCGAAGACGAGAGUGGCGCACGCGUAAAACGCCGUCGCAAAGGCGGCAUCACCACUUCCACCUCGGCCAUCACGAAACCAACCCGCGAUCUAGGCAAAAGUACACAGUUCGCCGGCGACCGAAGUGCUGCUAUCACAAACAUGGACGAUGCGACGAGGACAAGCAAUUGGGUGCACGUGGAUGAAGCUGCGAGUGGUGGGCAACAACAAGAUGGGGAUGUUGAGAAGGAUGGAAUAUACAAGGGUGCCAAAGGCUACGGCAACUUCAUCCAGAAGAACCCCGAUAAGCUAGGCAAGAGCGUUGGACCCGUCAAGGCACCGACGAAUAUGCGCAUGAUCACACUUGUGGACUUCGCGCCGGAUGUGUGCAAAGAUUACAAGCAAACUGGUUUCUGCGGUUUCGGCGACAGUUGUAAAUUCCUCCACGCAAGAGAAGACUACAAACAAGGCUGGCAACUCGACAAGGAGUGGGAAAAGGCCGGCAAGAGCAAAGCACCCCAAAAAGGCACCACUGUCGCCUCAGCGAACCGCUCCGGCAACGAUCAAGCAGACGACUCCGAUAACGACGAGGAAGCAAAAGAGUUGGAGAAGAUUCCUUUCGCAUGUAUCAUCUGCAAGGAACCGUACAAGAGCCCUGUGGUGACGAAAUGCGGUCAUUACUUCUGCGAAGCUUGUGCGUUGAAGAGGCAUAAGAGUAAGGGUGGAAAGCAGUGUGCGAACUGUGGCGCGGAUACUGGUGGCACAUUCAAUGUGGCCAAGAACUUGAGAAAGUUGCUGGACAAGAAGCGAGAUAGGAUUCGCAAGAGGAAGGAGAAAGCGAGGGAGAAUGGAGAGGAGGUUAGCGAUGAGGAGGAGUGAUUUAUGUGGGAUUUGCUAAGACUGGCUCCCUGUUCGUCCUUCCAGAUCAUGAGAAAGAACGACUAGCUCGAGGAAGCAAUUGUUGUUCAAGAGGGAGAUGAUGUCUACAACAUUUACUCUUUGAUCAUGACAGUCGAAGUCUAAUUGGAUUAUAGACCCACAAUACUCAUAAAACAAGAGCCACAUAUCAAGAACCACUUGUAA